AUGAAAAAACGAAGUCGUUGUUACACAAAUAUUCAAAUGAAUGUAUUAAUUAAAGAACCAUCUCCACAUUCUCAUGCAACUAAUCCAGAUAAACUUCACGUCAUUCGACUUAAAAAUGAAAUUAAACUUCGUGGUGCAUCAUCAGAUGAAGGAGCUAGUACGAUAUUAUUUGAUGCAUUACGUUCAACUCCAUUAACAUUUUUAAAAUAA